AUGGUCCACCGCAUCCUCUCCCUCGUCUUCGUCGCCAUCGCUCUCGCGGGCCACGCUGCCCAGGCGUCGCCCACUGGUCUCGUCGAGGGUGCCAACACCGAGCUGCACGCUCGCGACGCCAACACCGGCCUCCACGUCCUCGACGGCCUGGCGGUCCUCGAAGAGGUCCCCGAGGACGCGGCCUACGGCACCGUCGACGAGUCCACGGGCAACAUCUACCCAUUCGCCGCGAACGGCACGGCGCUUGGUGUGGUCGUGGAGAACGGGAAUGGUGCCACCGACAUGGCAGGCUACACCGGCGGCACCGACGGGAUGCAGGACAACAGCACUGCGCUCGUGUCGCGCGCGGCGCAGGCCAGGGGCUGCACGGCGCUGGACUCGAAGACGGUGCAGACGCUCCCCGGCUGGAAGAGGCUCUCGGGCCUCGCAGAUAGCCAGAUCAGCACAAGGGCCCGCAACAUCGGGACGAACGAGGGCCCCGACCUGCCCGCGACAAUCUGCAUCACCACCAAGCCCAUAGACAUCGCGGUCAAUGGCAAACCCAAGUGCUCGGACAACACUCAGAGCAUUCAAGGCCACUUCAACGGGACCAGCGGCUCGGCCGAGAUCUCCGUUGUGACGGGGACGGACUACAGGAUUGAGAGCACGACGACGCAGACGACCACCUUCGGCAUCAGCCUCACCUACUCCGCGUCGUUCGAGAUCCCCGGAGUGGCGUCGGUCGGCGCCAGCACGACGAUCAGCUCCGAGAUCGCGAACAGCUAUGGGGAGACUACCUCCGGAAGCAGCCUGCACCAGGUCACCUCGACGGUCAGAGCGGACCACAAGGAUGGGCAGCAAUGCAAGGUCAAUCUCAAUACGAAGACCUGCACCACACACGGGGGUGCGAACGUCCCCUUCAUCGCGCGCGGCGUCGUCUGGUUUAACUACCACGACCGCGUCAAGGGGCAUUACAAGUGGUGGUACAGGAUGGAGGAUUUCCUGUCCGAGAGCGAGCGCUCGCUCUUCCUGCACGUUGAGUCCGUUAUUGCGUCGGAGACCAAGGCGUCGUACGGAGUCGUUUGCGCGUACGAUGACAUGGAAGGAGCGAACAAGGAAGACCGGCGUUUGCCGAAGCGCUGCAUUUCGAGAUGUCCUGCGGAGGUGCCUUCGACGCUCAUGUUCUCAUAG